UGUCACACUCGAUUCCGUAAACACUUCAUUCUGCUCACCCUACCAAAAAUAGCGACAUGUUCUGUCCCCAAACACCUGUCAGACCAAUUAAUUAACGCACAGGUAAGCAUCAACACGUGAGCGAUCGAUUUUCGCACUUGAUUCUGUAAAUAGUGACUGAGAAGGGCACUUUCCGAGUUUGCCCUCAGAAGAAAAGAAAACGAAAAACUUGCUGUCCCGCAGGGCUUGCUGGGCACCACAGAGGCACAAUAUCCUUGAAGGGAGGCGAUGAGGGCAGAGCAGCGCGUCAGUGUGGUCAGUCCAGUGCUCUGGUUGCUCAGGCUCACACAGCCAGCUGCAGGGACUCGCCCGGCCGCCGUCACCUCCCGCCCAGUGUUUGCUCCCGAGGAAGCUUCUGCCGACGCCGCUCUAUUGCUGGCGUGAAGAGACAACUCCAUUCUUCACGAAGACUUUAAGUUUCUCUUGGUGAGUCAUGAGGCACCCGGUGUCGUGGAUGGUGGCGACGGUAGUGGUGGUGGCGGUGGUGGUGGUGGAGACGGCGCCGCGCAGCCUCCACCCCGCCGGCAGGUACCGCCGAGACAGCGACGACGACACGCACGGCGACGCUGACCUCCGCCUGCAGGACCUCGACCACCACGCCGGACCCAAGGCCCUCGAGGGCCUUCCCCUUCCCCUCCCCUCUGUUCCCCGCUCCCCAGCCCCAGGGGUGGCCCCCGCAAGACUCAGAGCCGCCGCUCCAGCACCCCCGAAGGCCCCAGCCUCCGUUGAAAGAGUAUUGGGCGUGGCCCCCCUUACAGCACCAGGCCUCAUCCCUGCUGCUGCCCCCCUAACAGUUCCCGCCCCAGCCCCAGCCCCCGCCCUUGCAGUCCCUGCCCCCCUUACAGCCCCCGCCCCAGCCCCAGCCCCAGCCCCCGCCCUUGCAGUCCCUGCCCCCCUUGCAGCACCCGCCCCAGUCCCAGCCCCCGCCCUUGCAGUCCCUGCCCCCCUUGCAGCACCCUCCCUAGCCCCAGCCCCAGCCCCCGCCCUUGCAGUCCCUGCCCCCCUUGCAGCACCCGCUCCAGCCUCCGGUGAGAGGACCGUGGCUCCUGCUCCAGCCCUUGCUGCAGCCCCUGCCCCUGUUGCCCCUGCCCCUGCUCCCGUUGUUCCUGUUGCCCCUGCCCCUCCUCCUGCUGUCUCUGUUGCCCCUGCCCCUCCUCUUGCUGCACCUGCUCCGAGAAUGGCUGCCCCUGCCCCCGCUGUCCCUGUCCCUGCUGCCCCUGCCUCAUAUGAAAGGAUCGUUGUUCCUGCCCCAGCCCGCGCUGCUGCCCCAGCUCCUGCCCCUGCCCCUGCCCCAGCCCCUGCCCCAGCCCCUGUCCCUGCCCCAGCCCCUGCCCCAGCCCCUGCCCCAGCUCCUGUCCCUGCCCCAGUUCCUGCCCCUGCCCCGGCCCCUGCCCCUGCCCCUGCCCCAGCUCCUGCCCCUGCCCCUGCCCCUGCUCCUGCCCCUGCCCCUGCCCCAGCUCCUGCCCCUGCCCCUGCCCCAGCUCCUGCCCCAGCUCCUGCCCCUGCCCCUGCCCCAGCCCCAGCUCCUGCCCCUGCUCAACCAGCCCCUGCCCCAGCCCCUGCCCUGAGAAUGGCUGCCUCUGCCCCUGCCCCAGUUCCUGCCCCAGCCCCUGCUGCCCCAACCCCUGUUGCCCCUGCUCCCGGUGCCCCUAAAUUGGCUGCUCCAGCCCCCGCUGCCCCAGCCUCCGAUGAGAAGAUCGGGGCUCAUGCAUCACCCCUUGUCCCUGCCCCUGCAGCCCUUGCUGCCCCUGCCCCCGCUGCCCCAGCCUCCGAUGAGAAGAUCGGGGCUCAUGCAUCACCCCUGGCUGUUGUCCCUGCCCCUGCAGCCCUUGCUGCCCCUGCCCCCGCUGUCCCUGUCCCUGCUGCCACUUCCCCCGCUGUCCCUGUCCCUGCCUAUAGUGAAAGGAUCGUUGUUCCUGCAUCAGCCCUCGCUGCUGCCCCAGCCCCUGCCCCUGCCCCAGCCCCAGCCCCAGCCCCUGCCCCUGCCCCGGCUCCUGUCCCUGCCCCAGCUCCUGUCUCUGCCCCAGCCCCAGCCCCUGCCCCUGCCCCUGCCCCAGUUCCUGCCCCUGCCCCAGCCCCUGCUCCGAGGAUGGCUGCCCCUGCCCCCGCUGCCCCAGCCUCCGAUGAGAAGAUCGGGGCUCCUGCAUCACCCCUGGCUGUUGUCCCUGCCCCUGCAGCCCUUGCUGCCCCUGCCCCCGCUGCCCCAGCCCCCGCUGCCCCUGCCCCCGCUGCUCCGAGAAUGGCUGCCCCCGCCCCCGCCCCCGCCGCCCCGAGGGCCCAAUCCUCAGAUGAACGCGUACUAACCGCUGCCGCCCCUGCCCCUGCCCCCGGCUUCACCCCAGCCCCCACUGCAGCCUUGACUGUUCUAGCUGCCCCUCAGCCUGCCUCAACCCAGCCGGCCCAGCGAGACUCACGUCGCGACGACGACGACGACGACGACGAUAGCGCCACACCCAAGGCGAACCAGCAAGGGCAGGUAGGUAGACCCUUGUCUCUGACACUUGCAGCCCAUCGAGUGGCCGCCCCAUCACCCGCAAGACCUAGGGCCUCCUCCCUAGCGGCUGCCCCGAGGCCAGCUAUUCCUGCGUCCCCGGCGGGUCCCGCAUCCUCUGAGAGACUGAUUGCCCCUGCACCCCUUUUCGCUCCCCCCGCCCCAAGACUGGCUUCACCAGCAGUACCCGUUGCCCCAGCUGCUCCUGCUCCGACAUUGGCUGCCCCAACCCCCGGACUGGCCCCCGCUGCCCCGCUCUCCUCAGUGGCCCCUGCCGCCCCAGCUUCCUUUGAGAGGGUCUUGUCACCCGCUCCAGCACUCCCAGCAGCUCCUCUAGCCCCAGCAGUCCCUAAAUUGGCUGUCCCUGUAGCUCCUGUUGCCCCCGUUGCCCCUGCCCCAGCUGCCCCUAAAUUGGCUGUCCCUGUGGCUCCUGUUGCCCCCGUUGCCCCUGCCCCAGCUGCCCCUAAAUUGGCUGUCCCUGUGGCUCCUGUUGCCCCCGUUGCCCCUGCCCCAGCUGCCCCUAAAUUGGCUGCCCCUCCCCCCGCUGCCCCUGCCCCCGCUGCCCCUGCCCCAGCCCCUGCUCCGAGAAUGGCAGCUCCUGCCCCAGCUGCCCCGGCUCUCGCUGCUCCUGCCCCUGCCCCUGUCCCAGUUGCCCCUAAAUUGGCUGUCCCUUUCCCAGCUGCACCAGUCUUUGCUAAGAAGAUCGGGACUCCUGCUCCAGCCCUGGCUGCUGCCCUAGCUCCAGUGGCAGCAGCCUCGGGGGAGAAAGCCGCGGCCCCCGCCCCUUUGCCUGCCCUCAAGCCCCUGAAGCAGCAGGUGAUGAUGAUGAGCUCCCUGGCCUUAGUGCAACACCCAGACACCAGAUGGCAUAACGACGACGAUGACGACGACGAAGACGAUAAGAGCUCGAGGCUGUCCGGCAGUCGCCUGGCCAUCAAGACGCCGCUGCAAGAGUGCAAAGGAAGGUGCAUGUUCAUGACCCGCGACGGCGCCUGCUUCCAGGACUUCCUGUGUGCCUCCAGGAAGUUGUGAAGCGCCGCCAGCCCCCCCCCCCCCCUCCUCUCCCCCAACACAUAACUAUUUUAUUAUUAAGUAAUAAAGUCUAUUUUAAAACUAUUACAAGAUUACCAGAUUUUUUUUUAUUCAACACAACCUAAAUCAGCGAAAUAGUUGAUCAGUCAAGAGUCCUUCCUUCACCCCCCAACAGCACCCAAGCAGCAGCCCCUUCGCCUGCCCCACAGCACCUCCUCCCCUCCAGACCCUCACCGGGACUCUGCACCCAUAACUACUGAGAAUCAAGAGAGGAAAAGGGAGGGGGACUCUUUAACACGCACCCUUCAUAAUAAAGAUAAUAAUAGUAAUAAUAAUAAUAAUAAUAAUAAUAAUAAUAAUAAUAACAACAACAUACGAGGAAUCCUGUGGUAAACCUUCUUUACAAACUAUUAUUAAUAUAAAAUAGGAUAAAAAAAUAUACUUCCAUCAAACUCAUUAAGUAAUACCUCCAGAGAAACAACAAACCGCAACUGAAGAUACUAUAUACACUGACAUUAUUAUUAUUAUUAUUAUUAUUAUUAUUAUUAUUAUUAUUAUUACUAAAACAACAUAUCCUAGCAAGAAACCUCUCUACUAGGACUGUAGUGAAGAAAAAGAAAACAGACCAACAAAAACAAUAAUAGGCUACCAAUCUAUACCUUCAUUUUUCUUCUUUUCUCCUCCUGUACCUACACCUCCUACCUUCCUCUCCAGAAUACUCCUUAAUUGUAAUAUGCACACAGUAAUUUCACUUUUUACCUUUGCUUCGAUCACGUACCUUAAUUAUCCUACCUACAUCUACCUGCCUUGUGAGAGCACCUUUUGUAACGAAGAGAAAGAAAUCUGAACACUGCAAACAAUAAUAGGCUAACAGUUUGUGCCUUGGCUUCUGUCACCUUUCACUAUGGACGAGGAGGAAUUAAGUAGC